GCAGAAACGGUGUGCUUCCGAGGACAUCUUCAAUUUGUUUUUUGGAAACUUUUUGCCCAUCACCGAAUCCGUAAUAUUCGCGCGUUUAUUUUUUCCACGUUCUCAAAUAAUUGCCAACAUAAUGACCGUUCCAUGUGAUAUCGUCGACGCAUUUGUAAUGAAAUAUUUGUGCUCCAUGGGAAGUUAUGAAGCAGCAGAGAUGGUGUGGGAGGUUUUGCCUCUCACCGCUCGAAAGAAAAAACUUCCUGAAGGAUUGCGACAAUUUUGUCUCCUUGACAUCGUCACGCAGUUCAUCAGGAUCAAUGACUUGAGAUUAGCAUUGAGGGAUUUCAGACACAACAAGCUACCCUCCCCAGAUUUUUCCAGACUUUGGCUACUCAGCCAAAUCUGUGUUUUGCUGACCUUUGGUCAAACCAAAAUGCACUAA